ACUCUCCAAGUAGCUUGUGCCAGGCGACCUCGCUCCCCCGGGCCAUCUCUGCAGCUCCAUAGACACGCACCCAGCGCCCUUUCUUUCUCGCCAGAGGUAUCAAAGAAACUACAUCUCCCGACAGGCAGCGUUGCCCCUUCCCUCCUCGCUCUCCCUCUACCGAACCCUGGCAACGGCGUGACGUGAGGGGACCGGGCGCUGCGGUCGCCGCUUCAGUGCUAGCCUACCCGGCGCGCGGGCCAGAGCAGGGCGAAGGCAGCCGGAGCCCGCGCCUCCCUCCCCGCCCAGCUUGCCCUGCAGCUCGCCGCACAGUGCGGGGCAGGGGCAGGGGCGCUCAUGGCCUCGGCGGGCGCGCGGAGGCUCCCGGCCCCGACGCGCGCGGCCGCCCGGAGCUGCGGCGGCUUUUCGCUUAGCCGGGGCGCGCGCUCCGUCCCGCCCCCGCCCCCGGGCCCUCCGCGGCUGCCGCUGCCAAUGAGGUUUCUGAUUUCCGGUAACCUCUUCUUGCCUCGUGCUGCCCAGGUCUUGGCUGCUGAGGCUGGCCUACCUCCCAGUCGUUCCUUCAUGGGCUUUGCUGCUCCCUUCACCAACAAGAGAAAGGCUUACUCCGAGCGUAGGAUCAUGGGGUACUCAAUGCAGGAGAUGUUUGAAGUGGUGUCCAGUGUCCAGGAGUACCGCGAGUUUGUGCCGUGGUGUAAGAAGUCACUGGUAGUGUCCAGCCGUAAGGGGCACCUGAAAGCCCAGCUGGAGGUUGGGUUCCCACCUGUCUUGGAACGUUAUACCUCUGCUGUCUCCAUGGUGAAACCACACAUGGUCAAGGCAGUUUGCACUGAUGGCAAGCUCUUCAACCACUUAGAGUCUAUUUGGCGAUUCAGCCCCGGCAUUCCUGCCUACCCUCGAACCUGCACUGUGGACUUCUCGAUUUCCUUUGAGUUUCGUUCUCUGCUGCACUCUCAGCUGGCAACCAUGUUUUUUGAUGAAGUUGUAAAACAGAACGUUGCUGCCUUUGAGCGUCGGGCAGCCACCAAGUUUGGUCCAGAAACAGCCAUCCCCCGUGAACUGAUGUUCCAUGAAGUGCACCAGACUUGAGACAAAGGCUUGUCCCCUUGCCUCUACCCUGUUCCCACCCAAUUUUUAUUUAUUUGGUUUGGCUCUUGCUCUGAGAGAGGUCAAAAGUUCACCUCUUAAUUCUUACUAAACUGGGCUGCAUGCUGGCUGGACAUGUGGGAAAGACAGCAGACAUGGAAGUGAGAUAGAUGCACAGGAAAGGGUCAGGUGUGUUCUGAAAGCCUUAUAUGCCCACAGCCGCUUCACACGGAAUAAAAACCAGGGCUGUAGUGGUCUCUGUGCCAGGUCAAGAAGCCUUAGUACCCAGUCAAGGGACUACAGGAGUAAUUUCCUCACACUGAGGUACUGGGUGGCAAGCAACUCUUACCCUAAGAUUUCAAGAGAAAAGGCCACUGCCUCAGUUCAGGAACACGACACCAUGCUGUCUGACAAUCAUCAGUAACACAGAGCAGCAGGAGAGAUCAUUAACAGUGCUCUCUAUACUAUUGGGAUGUCCCCUUUUCUUCCACAUGGCCUGUUUUCAUAAAACAUCAAUAAAUUGUGACAGCGUGAA